AUGUCUCAUGCGCACCCAGCUGCCGUCGCCUCGAGCCUUGUUCCACCGCGCUCGCCAUCUAACAGUUCAAAUGGCAUGGCAGCAUCGAACCGCCACAACGAAGCCGCCAAACGGAUACUAUCAACGGAUGGUGCCCCCGGCCUGAUUUCACGUCGACCGCUGGAUGGACGACGCCGUGGCAACGAGCACGGCACACUGCCUGGUAGCGAUGCGGCAGCUUCGAUGCGGCGCGCAGGCAGCUACUCGGUUCUGCGCUGCGCAGGCAACCUGCAGAUCCUGUUGCUCAUCGCAGAAAUUUACUACAAGCUCGACUACCAGCUCUACCGGCGCCAGAUGCAUCGGGACUCGAACCGGUCGAUCGCCUAG